AGAAUCAUGGAUUUACCAAGAAAUCUGUACAGUCUGAGUUGCCUCGUCUUUUAUUUCACUGCAGUGUUAUGUGUUGAACCCCAUCCCCACAUAAAAGGUAAUGUUCAGGAUCUUCUGAAAUUAAUUGCCUGGAACUGGCAGCACCUGAACACAUCAGUCAAAGUGAAUUCGCCAGUCUCUGUGGAUAUUUCUCUCUUGUCCCACUACAGACUUACUGGGAAACAUUUCAACAAAUAUCAGAGCCUGCAGAGAGAUUGUGCAGCCAUUCUGAAAUCUAUCCCCCACACGAAAGGAAAAGAUGGUGUCUACACUAUAUAUCCUGAUCACGAUAUGAAGAAAAAGAAGCUGGUGUACUGUGACAUGACUACAGACGGAGGAGGCUGGACAGUUGUCCAGAGAAGAAUUGACGGAUCUGUUGAUUUCUAUAGAUCAUGGAAGUCUUAUAAAAACGGGUUUGGCAAAGUUAAGGGAGAAUACUGGUUAGGUAAUGAAGUUAUUCAUUUACUUACCACAAGAGCAAAACAAGAACUUAGAGUGGACCUUCAGAACUUUUCAGGCAAAAAAGCUUUUGCCAAAUAUUCGUCAUUUUCCAUUGGAAGCGAGUCACAGAAAUACAAGUUGAAAAUUAAUGGGUACAGCGGCACUGCAGGAGACAGUUUAGAAUAUCACAAUGGGAGAAAUUUUUCUACGAAAGACCAAGAUAACGAUUCGCAUAGUAAAUCUUGUGCCGUAUUCCGGAAAGCGGCUUGGUGGUUUGGAGACUGUGAUAACUCCGACCUGAACGGACCAUACCACAAAUCCGCUGUCAGUGAUUGGGCAUGUGUUUUGUGGUACAAAUUUGGCAACGCUCAUCGUUCCAUGAAGUUUGCAAGAAUGAUGAUUAGACAAAAAAGUUAAAAAAGGCCAUCAUAAUUGAAUAAAAAUCUUUCUGAAUU